GGGUGUCACUGCACUGCCCACCCCACACCACAGCUCUGCCCGGGGUCCCGGGUUGGGGCUAUGGAUGUAGGAUGGUUCAUAGGUCCGGACCAGCCAGGUGAAGUCAACGGGUUGGCUGACUCUAAACCAAAGCCCAGAACCUCUGCCAAAAAGUUAGGGAUCUUUGGAUCUUCAAAAAAGGGAUUUUGGGAUCUUUGGAUCUUCAAAAAAGGGAUUUUUGGAUCUUUGCAGCCCGCGGAGGCUGCAGGAGGCCAUCUGCCCCGCUCCCCCUGUGCUGGACAGGACACGUGGGGGGUGAAGAGCCACCAGUGUGGGUGGCAGCACCCAGUUUUCAUGCCUAGAGCUAGACCCACAGGUGGUCUCAGGUUUAAGGUCCAGGAGGAGAAGGGUCAUUUUAUAAUGUUUUUGAGUAAAGUCAUCAUGUGCUGACCAAGGAUGUGAUGCUCUUUUCAGUCCUGAUCCACAAGUGAGAAAUUUCAUGUAGUCUCUAAAGCGUUUGGGGACACUGGUUUGCAUGGAGACUUGCAGAUGUGGAAGCAGCACAAACUACCUGUCAUCUCCCCAAACACCCCGAAAACUGCCAGCGUGGUUUGCUACAAGAGCACAAAACCACAUUCUGGCCACGGCACAGGGGUUGCUCCAUCCUCUCAGAGAAGGGGGAAACCAAGCCGUGCUCUGUCCUGCCGUGGGGGCUCCUGGCAACGAAUGGCAUGGGAAGGUGGGCAGGACACCCUUUGGGAAUGGGCCAGUUUCUCCAGACAGCCGUGGGGAGUGAGGCUGGAUGGGAUUGUAAAGAUCAAUAAAGAGCAAGGUCCUCUUUAUCUGACUCAUCCCUGACGGGUACCUCUGUAAACUGCUCUUAAAAGAGCAACGGAUGGGGGUUCACAGUCCCCAUCAGCAGUUGGCUCCAGCGCGUUGUUAUCCAAGCCAGGAGAAAGCAUUUCCUCAUUAUCUGACCUGAAUCUCACCGUUGGAGGCUAAAUAUUUGCAUGAACUUACAAGAGUGUGAAGGAGGUUGUUCAUGGACAGGAAAUAUAAAUCCACCACUUCCUCAUCAAGCUUGGAUGCCUUUGAGAUAUAAAGUUGAUGGAGUCCAGGAGAGUAUCUGGGAGAAGAUGCCUAAGUGUUUCUGCCCAGCUUUUCCUGUUGUUAGAGACUGGGCAUUGCUCUGGCCCAGUAUGGCUGUUCCUAUGGAAAUCUCUCCUCCUCCCCUAUAAACCCAUCGCUUCCUGUCCCAUCACAAAAGCUUCUUCAAUGCUUUGUGUAAUACUUUGCUUUCAUCCCCAGGAGCUGCCAGCGUGGUUGUGGGCCACCCCCUGGACACCAUCAAGACUCGGUUGCAAGCUGGACAAGGGUACGGAAACACACUCAACUGUGUUCUCACCGUGUACAGAAAUGAGUCUGUGGCCGGCUUCUUCAAAGGCAUGUCCUUCCCUCUGGCCAGCAUUGCUGUCUACAGCUCCGUGGUGUUUGGUGUCUUCAGCAACACGCAGCGGCUCCUCAGCCAGCUCCGCCACGGAGACCCGGCCUGUGAGCCCACGUUGGCCGACGUGACUCUGGCCAGCAUGGUGGCAGGGUUCAUCUCCGUGGGCAUCGGCACUCCCGUGGACCUGGUGAAGAUCAGGCUGCAGAUGCAAACGCAGCCAUACAUUGAAGGAAACGUUAAACUGAAGCCCACAGUUCCUGAAUUUCCUUUGUACCGAGGGCCAAUUCACUGCUUUAGGACAGUCCUACAGAAAGAGGGGAUAGCAGGAAUAUACCGAGGCGUGGGAGCAAUGCUUCUGAGGGAUGUUCCUGGGUACUGCCUCUAUUUCAUCCCUUACACGUUUUUCUGUGGCUGGAUUACUCCUGAGGGAUGCAUUUCUCCUAGUCCUUCCUCCAUCUGGCUGGCAGGGGGUAUAGCAGGAGCCAUUUCCUGGGGGACUGCUACUCCAAUGGAUGUUGUGAAAAGUCGACUUCAGGCAGAUGGAGUUUAUUUAAACAAGUACAAAGGGACCCUUGACUGUAUCUUGCAGAGCUACCAGAACGAGGGCCUAAAAGAGGAAGGGUCUCUAGGUUGCCCAUGUAGGGAGACAGCUGGCAGCUCAUGUUCGUGUCUUCCCAUUGCUGAGCCCGGCCACGAACUGGCAUGCUUUGUGGAAGGAACUGAACACAUGCUGAAAACCAACUCACCUUCAAACAAGACAAUUGCACUGCUUAAUAGAACCUUCCAGGUUCAACGGGACAGAAACCUCUGUGAAAGCCUGGCACAUGGGAAGCAAUGUCAGUACAAGACCAAGGGAGACGUGAAGGAAUUUUUGAAUAAAAUCCUGAGAACCUAUCAAUCAAUCAAUCAACGUAGAUCUUAGAAAAAAAUUAAAAAUGCUUUAAAGAAGCCAAAGCUCUUCAAGAAGAAGAGGGAACAGAAAAGUUAUUUAUUGUAUUUAUUUUCCACCUGAAAUGUAAAAGGUAGACAUAAUAACUGCUAAACCAAUAA